AUGCAUCGAUACAAUCACGCUACUCGGAGGAUAAAAAGUGCCAGUCUUGAAUUCAUCAUUAGUAGUCUGCCCAAUUGCCUAAAAGCGGGAUUCGUCUCAGAAAGCGUAUACGCCGAGUUACCCAGUACAUUGGAGGAGUUGCAGCAAAAAAUGGCUAAAUUUAUCAAGAUGGAAGACCAGAGAAUCUUUCGGAAACAACAACACGAGGAGCACCCGGUGAAUGGUAACAAGAAGGAGGGGAAGCGUCGGGUUGAGAAUGCCUGGGAUCAGAAACCCCCAGCGAAUCUAAACCCUAGGUAUGAUCACUAUGCGCACCUCACUGUCCCUAGAGAAAAGGUGUUGGAAAGGGCUUUGCAGUCCAACCUGAUCUUUCAAAGAAGAAAAUUUCCACCUAAGAACGUGGACACGACGCAGGUAUGCCGAUUCCAUAAUUCAGGGGGACAUACCACUGAAAGCUGCCAAACUCUCAAAGAUGAAUUGGAGAAGCUGAUCCGUGUCGGACACCUCCGGGAAUUCGUGAAAGAGGAAUUUGCCCGUGCAGCACACUCCCCCAGAAAGACACGAAGAAGCCUGGAACGUACAAAGGGGAAGGGUAGCCACUCACGCGACCGUUCUCGUAGUCCUUCAAGACACAGAUCCCGUAGUCGGCCUGGAGAGCGAGAUCUCACAGUAAAAGGCAGGAUCGAUACUAUUUCGGGCGGCUUUGCUGGAGGAGGUGCUUCAUCCUCAGCUCAAAAGAGACAUUUGAGAAGUCUGCACAGUGUUCACUCGGUGGUACGCAAUCCAGUGUCAAUGCCUGAUAUAACCUUCACGGACAGGGAUUUCCAUGCACCAGAUCCUAACCAAGACGAUCCUAUGGUCAUCACAACUCGCAUUGCACAAUACGAUGUGGGCAAGGUCCUUGUAGACCAAGGCAGUUCGGUCAAUAUUCUAUACUGGACAACAUUUCGAAGAAUGGAAAUUGCAGAAGACGUAAUUGCUCCGUUUAACGAGCAAAUUGUUGGCUUCGCCGGAGAAAGAGUAGACACCGGGGGUAUCUCGACUUACGAACCCGCCUGGGGUCGGACGAUGAUGGUAAGGAACUUCGAGUUCAAUUCUUGCUAG